UUUAUAAAAUUAUAUAUAUAUAUAUAUACUUUAAAUUAUUAUUCAAAAUUAUAAAAAUUUUUUUUAUAAAAAUGAUGAAAUUGAUUUAAUUUACUUUUCUUUGAGAUUAUUUUAAAAAUGAGAGGAAAACAGAAAUUAGAUAAACAGACUCCAAUAUUAAAAGUGGUAAUUUUAGGUGACAGUAAUGUAGGAAAAUCAUGUUUAAUGAACAGAUUUGUUAGCAAUAGUUUUAGUGAACAUACUCUACAUACACUUGGAGUAGAAUUUCUUCAAAAAGAAAUCGAUAUCAAUGGUGUGACUUACACAUUACAGAUUUGGGAUACGGCUGGACAAGAAAGAUUUCGUACGCUGCGUACACCAUUUUACAGGGGCACUGAUAUUUGUCUGUUAACAUAUGCUGUCAAUGAUAUUAAAAGUUUUAGUAGUAUAGAUUCAUGGAAAAAAGAAUUUUUACAAUACUCUAGAACUACUGAUGAAAACUUUCCAUUUCUUGUUGUGGCUACUAAAGUUGAUGUUAAUCAUAGAGCAAUUUCAGAAGAAGAAGCUAGUCAGUGGUGUUCCAAUUUUUUAAACACUCCUUAUGUUGAAACAAGUUCUAAAACAGAUAAAAAUAUAGAGACUGCAUUUGCUAUGGCCGUUGAACUCUGGGCUUCUUUAGAAAGACCUUCAGAAACUAAAAUUUGCCAUAGCACUUUAGUAAAAUUGUCCAGACCAAUUAAUGGUAGUGCGGCAUGCCCUACAGCUGAAGUAGUAACAUCAAAAUGUUGCUAAAAACUUAAUUUGUGAUAAAAAUAACUUAAACUAUACCUUUAUAUUUAAUUGAACUGAAUUAUAAUAAUAACAUUUUAUAUUCUUCAUUUACAAUCAUAAUUAUUUGUAAUAAAAAUAAUUAUUUAAAGAGUAUUUCGUCUUUAUUAACAAGAAAUUAUUAGCAAUUUGCAUAGAUUAAUGAUAUUCUAUGGCUAAAUUUAUGUUAUAAAUAUAAACAUUAUUUUUUUUUUAUAUAAUUUUUUUUCAUUUAGCGGGUAAUUUUAAUAUAAAACUAUUGUCUUUUAAGUAUUUGUUGACUUAUUAAUAAAAUCUAUGCAUUUAUUUUUUCAA